AUGAGAAUUUCGAUUUUGAUUGGGCUGUUGUGGUGUGUUGGAAUUUGUUGGGCAUCAGGUGCUCCGUGAGUUUGACAGAGCUUCAGAUGUUAUAAAAAUAAUUUUUGUUUCAGGAGUGUAGGAAUUCCCGGCGGAAUACAAAUGUAAGUUUUUUUGUUGAAAUUCGAAAUUUAAAUUUAAAUUUUUUAUUGAUUUUUCAUUUUUUAUGAAAGUAAGUUUCAGUAAUUCAUGAGAAGAAAAAGAUAAAAUUGCAGAAAAUUUUAUGUGUUUCAUACUGAAAAUCCAUUUUCAGGCCUACUGGACUUCCAGGCCUCCCUGGUGACUCAUCUCCAGCAGGUGGCGCCCCUUCUGCUCCCCCUGGCGGAAAUGCUACCAAAAAGAAAGGCUCCUCAUCAUCCGGUUCAUCCUCAAACUCCCACUCAAAUUCUCGAAGCUCAUCCGAAGAAAAAUCUUCGAAAGGAUCGCUAAUUGGACAAAACGUUGGGGGGACUACCAAAACUUCCAGGAAAUGCAGCUAUAAAGCCAAAAUCAGCUGUAGCGCCUAA